GACAGUAGGCGUUUUUCUCAGGUGCUAAGCACUGGACUACGUGUGCAGGAACUGGGACUGUGGAGUUCGGGCUGGAGCGUUCUAGGAAGUUCGGGGUUCUAGCUGGUUUUGUAGCGAGAUGUUGCCCACCACCGCGUACCCACCCCCGAGCCAGGGCAACGGCAGCCUGAGCCCACGGGACGCCGCGCGGCACACGGCCGGCGCCAAGCGGCACAAGUACCUGCGCCGGCUCCUGCGCUUCCGGCAGAUGGACUUCGAAUUCGCCACCUGGCAGAUGCUCUACCUGUUCACGUCCCCGCAGAAAGUGUACCGCAACUUCCACUACAGGAAGCAGACCAAGGACCAGUGGGCCAGGGAUGACCCCGCCUUCCUCGUGAUUCUCAGCAUCUGGCUGUGCGUCUCAACCAUAGGUUUUGCGAUCGUGCUGGGGAUGGGGUUUGUGGAGAUGCUGAAGCUGUUCCUGUGGGUUGUCUUCAUUGACUGCAUAGGUGUGGGACUGCUGAUAUCCACGUUAAUGUGGGUCGUCGCAAACAAGUACCUCAUGAAGCACCCCAGCCGAGAGUACGACGUGGAGUGGGGCUACGCCUUUGACGUCCACCUCAACGCUUUCUACCCCCUGCUGGUCAUCCUGCACUUCUUCCAGCUGUUCUUCAUCAACCACAUUUUCUUCAUAAACUCUGAAUGGUUCCUGGGGUGUUUUGUCGGUAACACAGUGUGGUUGAUCGCCAUAGGAUACUAUAUCUACAUCACCUUCUUGGGCUACAAUGCGUUACCAUUCCUGAAGAACACAGCCAUCUUGCUGUAUCCUUUUGCACCCCUGGUGUUGCUGUACCUGCUGUCUUUGGGCCUGGGCUGGAACUUCACCAAAGGCCUCUGCUGGUUCUACAAAUUCAGAGUACAGUAGAAUGUGAGACCACUUCCCUGAAGGACUAUCCACAUUCAUUGCUGGGGAACCCAGCUGGGAUGAAGCCUUUUUUGGAGGUUUUUUUGUAAAGCUUGUAAAUAAAAGUUUUCACUGUAGAUAAAA